CGAUUUUAAUCUCCAACCGCCGAAAAAACGAAGCGACGCAUAGUUUCGAAUUCAAACGGACGCGCAGAACGCAAGUAGUAAAUAACAAACAUCUGUCGAAAAACGCCGACGUGGAGUGCUGAGCAGUACAGUAAAUUCAGUAAUCGAGUGUGCGCAAUUAGAAUUAGCAUUUGCAUUUGAGGCCGCAGCAACAAUGGACCCGUUUACUCAGCACAUGCUCGAGAAGGCGGAACAGCGCAGUCGCGCCCUCGGCAUUAGCAACGCAAGCAAAUUUCCUACACCCUUUCCAGAGGGCAGCGUUCCCAAUUCCACGUCCGCCUCUUCUGCCGGGGAUGCAAGGGUCCUUGCGCCGAGGAGCCACUCGCCAGGAGUUCAAAGUACGGGCAGUGGAAGCGGCAAGGUCGUUGUACUCGACAAGGCAACGCUGGAGGCGUCACCAACCAAGCCGCUUCGGCACUACGCGGCGGUCAAUAAGGAGAACAUGGAGAUGGGCAUCGAGAUAAACAUAACCACGGACAAACCAAUUGGGGUGCAAGUUGAAAUCCAAGAACAGGAAGUGACCGAUGAUGAUGACGAGGAAGCAGGGGCCAAGAAUCCUCUUUUGGAAGCAGGGCCUGUCAAUCAGCCGCUAGCCAGGCUCAGAGACACCUCGCGCAGCAGACUGCAGCGGAUGGGCGCCCUAUACUCGAACACGGAUGACCUCUCCUCGCCUAUCCACCGCACUGAAGGACAAUUUCAUGUGACAACGGGAGAUGAAGAGGAUAGCGGCAACCGCAGCAGGCAGCCCAAGCAGAGGUUGGGAAAACUGGCAGCUUUGGCAGACACCAUCAAUCAAUGGGAGGAUGACACGUCGCACCACGAAGUGCACCGACCUCUUGAAGCGCCGCCGCCAAAACCGCAUUUAUCCAGCCGCCGGGCGGAGAAGGCCCCGGCUCCACAGCCCCCGAAGAAGGACGAAGUGGACGACGCUUCCAGGACCAAGCAACUUAAAUGGGAUCCCAAGGUACUGAGCUCUCUGGAGGCCCAAGGUUUUCAGCGCCGCGAAUCGUCGACCAUUAAACACACCUAUGAUUAUGCCAAACAGGGAGAGGCUCCGCCAGUUGGCAAACAGGAAGCGACAGCGCCAGUUACAAAGCCUCCAGUGCCGGAAAAAUCGACAACGGUUAGCCAGGUGGCCAAGAACUUUGGAGCUUCUGGUUCUGCGCCCAAGCCAACAUCAGCAGCACCUGUGGUUAGUGUAAAGUCUGGCUUGGUUUCUGGUCGUGCUGCGAUCUUUGAAAGCAAAGGAGCUGGUGGGCAGAUGCAAGGCAAUCUUCGAAACCAGAAGGAUCCAUGCGAGUUGUCACUGAAGGAGCGCAUGAAACUGUUCGAGACGGGCAAUAACAAAGCUAUGUUGCCGAUGGCACCAAUAGGAUCCGCUCCCAGUAUUAACCAGAUUCGGGCAGAGGAAGUAAAACAGCAUUUGGUGGCAGUUCACCCGGUGACAGCUGCUGCUGCUACUACUAUAGUUGUGGCAACCAAACCGAAGCCUGAGAACAAACUGCGCGACAAGGUGGCCGCUUUGGUAGCCAAUGCCCAGUCAAAUGCAGAAACCCGCAUCAAGGACAUUGAUCGUCAAAGACAGGAGGACAUGCAGAUUAUAUCAAAUCGCUUCAACAAACAAAAGGAACUGUUUGACGUCCAACCAGCUCUCAGUUCAGUGCCAGCUUCAGCUCCUGCUCGUGCUCCAGCGCCAGUUCCCAGCAAAGUUGUGCGACCCAUGCCGCCGCCUCCACCACCCCCUAUCGCUGGGCUCUCGCCAGCAUUGGCCAGCAGCAAAAGAAGAUCACCUGGUGAUGCGCCCACCGCCGACGAGGACUCCAAGCGGGCUCGUAAAUCAAAUUCCGACCGCUUAUAUCCCGCCCUCCCCGACCUCGACUCCAGCGGUGACAACUGCUGUGCCGCCGAAACAGCCUCCGCCACGGAUGAUAGCCACCAACUGGACGAGGAGGAGACCGAAAGUUGCAUGGAUGAGUCGGAGGACCAGUCUCAGACUGAGGACAGCAGCGCCGGCAUGUGCAACGGCAGCCUGGGCCGCGAGAUAAUGAGCGCGGUGCAGCGUAACGAGGCGGAGAUGCAGCAGCAGCCCGGUAAAAAGACUGUGCGCUAUGCGGAAAAGGACUUGUACUACAAUCACGAGGGCCAAGACGACAGUUCGAUGAACUCAUCGCAAGUCUCUGCCGGCAUCGACGACUAUUUGGAUGAGGCGCUUGCCGACGACUACGUCAGCACCCAGGAUGAUGAGAGCGACAGCGGUGAUGAGCACAAUUCCAGUCGGCUAUCUUUGGGGAGUAAGGGAACCACUGCCUCCAACAGCUUUUCCUUUCGCAAGAAUCCACCCUCAACCUGCACGCCUAUAGAGGAGCACCAUGAGAUGAUGGACUUGCAGACGCCGCUUCCAAGCGGUGUGCAACCGGUCAAGUCUGAAUUAAGCGUAAACCAAGACAAGGACAACUUAGUCACCCUGGUUCACACGGUCAGCUUUUAUCGGCGUCAGCAAAGUGCCAACAGCUCCAAUUCGACACCCGUGCGCAAAAUCUGUCGCGAGCAGCAGGUAAUGCGAUCAGCCCUUGCUGCCGAUUGUCAUGCGAAACACAGAUUGGAGUAUGAUUCACCUCAGCAGGGGGAAAACGGAGGAGCAGUAACUGCCUGCCUUGAUGAACAGACCGAUGAGGACGAUGACGAGAUGCAAAAUGCAAGGGAAUCAAACGAAGCCUCGCUGGCUCAGGACAAAAUCAAAAAGUUGCUGAGCGAGGUGUGCAAGCAGCAGCAGGUUAUUGGACAAGCCAGUCAAGCUCUGAACCUUUGCGCGGCGACGGUCGAGUUUUCCGGCUCCACAGAGUCCGUGGAGGGAGAACGAUAUCUUCUACUGGCGACCCAUCGCCGCCAGGCGUGUUUGGACGAGGUUCAGCGACUAAGAGUCGAGAACAGCAUUCGCCCCGUGGGUGCACCAAAAGAAAAGGGCCUGCUGACGGUCAAGGACAUAACCAUUCCCUUGCGCCAGGAGUACGUGCGUAAAAUGGCCUCUGGCAACAUCAAUGGUCAUCACCUCGUGUGUUUACUGAAGUAUAAUGAGCACGUGCUGGCCACCAAGACUGUGCCCACGAUGCCUGGCUUGUUGUCUGUCAAGUUUCCCGAUGUUCUGCAGCUGAACAAUGUUUAUGCCGAUUUCAGGAUCACUCUGGAAAUAUAUGGCAUGCUAGCUCAACGUGACCAGUUGCCCCAUGAGCUGAAGUACCACAUUAAUUUGAACAAGAAAGGCGGCGUUAAAACGCCGAAGAAAAAGGGCGGUGAAAAUCGCCUGGUUAUGCCGCCGGUUCAGAGCCCGGCGGGACCGCAGGUAGUAAGGACACCGCAACUGGUGCAAUACGGCUUUGCCAUCUUUUCUCUGCGUGAGAUCCAACGCACUACAUGGACACUGACCCAGGUGCUGGGCGUCAGCCCACUGGAGGGUGUGGUUCAUAUGAAGGUUAAUUGUGAACUAUCCGUGAGCGUGGAGUACAAGGGGUUCUUAACCAUGUUUGAGGACAUCUCUGGCUUUGGCGCCUGGCAUCGCCGGUGGUGCUAUCUGAAUGGGUCGGUAAUCAACUACUGGAAAUAUCCGGACGAUGAGAAGCGCAAAACCCCCAUGGGCAGUAUCGAUCUGAACGCCUGCAGCUCGCAAAAGGUGACCACUGCACCCCGAGACAUCUGCGCUCGCCUGAACACCAUGCUGCUGGAGUGCGAACGACCGGCGCUGGAGACGGACCAAGAGUCACUUAUAAUCGUGCCCAACGGACGAACCACCACAGUGCGGCAUCUGCUCUCCGCCGACACAAAGGAGGAGCGCGAGGAGUGGUGCGCCUACUUGAACAAGGCACUCACAUUGCUCCGCGCCUGGGGAACCACCCACUGACCCGCUGACCCACUACUGCAAUCCUGUCAGCAGCAAGGACACUGACACUGACACCAAACGGGCGGGUUGUUAAAAGUUUUCUCUUUUUAAGUUUAACUACUUUGCUAUUUUAAUCGCGUUCGCGUUUGACUUCAUUUGUUUUAUGUUUCCGAUUCAAAUUAUUCGUAUUCGUAUUCCGUAUUCGAAAAAGGACACUUUCGUGUUCGUAUUAUAUCGACAAAGUAUUGCUUGAAUACCUUAUAUGUAUGUACAUUGCAUUUAGGAUGUCUCGCUAAAUAUAUAAUAUGUAUAAGUCCCAGUAA